ACAGUGAAAUUAAUUUGAGUGAAGAAAUGAAAUCAUUUAGUGUACUCGCACAAGAAAAAAAACAAGUAUUUAUUAAACAUACCUUAAUGCAAAAUACUAGUAUUGAUACUUGGCGAGCAAUUCCAGUAACGGAGCAGGAGGCUGAAAUAAUGAAAAAUGAAAGCACAAUGAGAAAAGAAAAGCUUCUUUCAGUUAUCAAUUCAAUACUUAUAUCACUUCCUGAAACACAAUGCUUGAAGUAUACUAAUUUAAAAAAUAAGACAAAAACUAUACUAUUAACAAUCUUGCAAGAAAUACGAGGCUUAAAUUAUGCUGAAGAUGCUAUUGAUGAAGAAAAUGAAGAUAAAGAGCUUAUAGAUGAAGAAAUGAUAUAA